AUGAAAGACUUACAAAGAAGCGUCUGGGCCGGGGUGCUCUGCCGGCCGGACCUACAUUUCUUCUUCUGCGUCUUCCUGUUCAUGUGCCUCAGCAGCAACUCCGUCAGCUUCUGGUGUGUCUCAUGGCAGAGCAUCCUCUACUGUGUGAGGGUUUUGAGCUUCUCCUCGAUUCUCUUCAGGGCGAUCAAGAUGAACCUCUCCACCAUCCUGAACGUCGCCCUGCUGGUGACCCUGCUGACCUCUUGCGUGAUGUUCACCCCUUUCUUCUACCUCAAUUUCCAAACCAAAAUUCUUGUUCUUAACGUCACAGAAAAGGCUGUUUAUGCCAUCAAAAAGCCUCUGUUCCCAGUCUGGGUCAACGUUAACGGUUACGUAGUUACCUUCAUCUGCUACCUCACACUGAUGCCCUCUGCAGUCAUGCUUCCUACCUCUCUGAGGAUGGUGGUGUACCUCUGCAGACACAGCUGGUCCCUGCAGAGGAAGGAGAGCGGCUGGUCCCAUGUAAAAGACUGUAUCAUUUAA